AUGAUCGACAAUCAUCGAUACGAUAACUAUAGUUCAAGCGCUAAACGGCCAUCUGUGCCCAUCCGGUUAACUCCGUCGACGAUACCCGAAUCUCUCAAUUUUGACGUAAAGAGGUCAUCCUUUCUCAACGUUCGCAGACAAGUUGAAGCCCAACAUUUCGCUGGAGUAAAUCCCGACAAUAGAAAAGUGUACUCAACGACCGCGACCAAUGUGACAUCACCGCCCGUGAUAUUCGAGGAGCUAAAACUAUUUGUUAAAUGGGGAAUCGCCGUAAGCGUAUCAGAGGCCCAGUGUCUGUAUGUCGUCCGGCGAUUCCUUCGAGAUCAUGUCCCAGUUCCUGAAGUGUACGGGUGGCGUACAGAUAGAGACGAGAUCUUCAUCUACAUGGAAUACAGGGAAGGACCAACUCUGGAGAAAGUAUGGGAUAUGAUGGAAGCUGGCAACCGGGUUUCAAUCUGUCAGGAACUUCGAGCAUUUAGUGAUAAAUCACGUCAACUUGAACAGGACCCGACAGACCCAUUCAUAAAGGCCGAGCCAUUUGAUACAGCUAGUAAAUUUCACAACUGUUUUACGUUUCUCUAUCGAAGACGAAUGUCGGAUCCAUACUCAGUCCCGGUCGAACCAUUUCGUCAUGAAUUACCCGAGGACAGUACGAUCAAGUUUAUUCAUGGCGAUCUCCACCGAAGCAAUAUUAUUGUAACACCUGGCCGGCCAUAUCAUAUUUCGGUGAUUGUCGAUUGGGAGCAGUCAGGAUGGCUACCUGCCUACUGGGAGGCCCGCAAAGAACAAUUAACUGCUGGCAGGUCUGAAGGGUAG